AUGGUCUUCGCUGUCUCAGCAACGAGUACAGAAGUCGAAACACCAAAAAUCCUCACCGUGAGGGAAGUCUACACCCCCCUGAAAACAACCAGCAGCAAUGGAAGGAUUGUCCCUAUUCAACAUCCCAUCGGGAGUAAAGUAGACUUUGGCGCUGAGGUCUACGGGAUUGAUUUGAAUAAUUUUACUAGUGCUGAUUUUGAGUUGAUUUCCGAUGCCCUUCACCAGCAUAAACUGCUUGUGUUUAAGGAGCAGUCGGAGAUGUUGACGCCGAAACAGCAGUAUCGAUUGACUGCUUGCUUCGAUCCUGAUGAGAAAACAGGCGGUUUCGCCCACGGUGCUGAUCCAGUCCUCCUCCAAGAAAACGGCGUGACUAUCUACGGUCUCCCAAAUCGACCAGCAAUUAACGCACAGCCUCAAGUACACAUCCUCGGCCGCGGAGAAGUCCCUCCAAAUCACUUCGACUUCCCUCCGGGGUUCAAAGUGAAAGGAAUCGACCAUGUCGACUUCCAUAUCCCGCCCCAUAUUCCUCAAGAAGAGCGUGACCAAGGCGCCAGCCGGUUUUAUCAGUGGCAUUGGGAUGGUUCUCUGUACAACAUUCCUCCACCUCGAGUGGGUUGUUUACUCGCUGUGCGAACACCGAAAGGUCCAGAUGUAACCGUGCACUGGGGCGAUGGAACCGGGCGGACGAUGAAAAUUGCACCAGGAGCUACGGCUAUGGUUGCUGGAUCACGAGCGCUGGAGCUUUUGGAUCCCGAACUGCAUCAGAUCGUGAUGCAUAGUCGUAUAGAGUAUGCUCCACAUGCAUUUCAGUGGAUGUCGACCGCUCGAAGUGCUCAGUUGGGUCAUAUUCUUGAAACUGAAGACCGUGAGAUGCCCUUGGACAAGCUGUCGCCUUGGACAAAAGAUAAAGUUUGCAUUUAUCCUAUGGUGUGGACGAAUCCAAUGACGGGCGAGAAGUCAUUGCAAGUCCACGGACAGGGUGCGUUUAAGUUGUAUCUCAAAGACCGGCCGGAUGGGGAAGAGAUGGUUGUGAGUGAUCUGAAGGAGGUUAGAGCAUUUAUGCACAGAAUUAUGAGUCCUGUUCUUUCCCCGGAAAACAUCUAUGCACACCCACAUAAGGAGCAAGAUGUCAUUCUUUGGUAUAAUAGAGCAUUGUGGCACAGUAUUACUGAGUUUCCGGAAUCUUAUGGCCCUCGAAUCAUGCAUCAGUGCAAUAUUGCCGCUUCUGAUCAUCCUUCUGGAUAG